GAAGGAACCGGCUCGGCGGUAACCGGCCCGGCCCGGCGCUGCAGGAGAUUUGUCCUGCUGUUUUCUGAAAGGCCCGUCAGCAACAUGGGUGGGUUUACAGAGGUUAAAGUGAAAAUACCUUUUGGAAAUAAAUACCUAGAUGCUAUUUUUUCUGUCCCAGACAAGAUAUUAACACACGGAGUGAUUCUUACUCAUGGAGCUGGAGGAGAUAUGAAUUUCUCUCAUUUAGUUUCUUUGGUAGCCUAUCUUGCAUCCCAUGGACUUCUGUGCUUGAGAUUUACCUGUAAAGGCCUUAACAUUGCUUAUAGGACUAAAGCAUAUAAAACAGUUGUGGAAUAUUUAAAGUCCUCUGGUGAAUAUAAACUUUCUGGUGUCUUUCUUGGAGGUCGUUCGAUGGGUUCACGAGCCGCUGCCUCUGUGACACGUCAGAUUAGCCAGGAUGACAAUGAGGAUUUCAUUCACGGUCUGAUAUGUUUAUCUUAUCCACUGCAUCGACCAAAGCUUCAGUCCAAACUCCGGGAUGAAGAUUUAUUUUUUAUUAAGUGUCCUGUGCUGUUUGUCUCAGGAUCAGAAGAUGAGAUGUGUGAAAAAAAAUUAUUGGAAGGUGUGGCAAGCAAAAUGAAGACCCUUAAAAAAAUUCAUUGGGUUGAAAAAGCAAACCAUGGCAUGGCAGUAAAAGGACGAACAGCAGACGAUAUUAUGAUGGAAAUAAGCACACAGGUUUUUUCGUGGAUCAAAGAAAUCAUUGAACAGGAGUACAAAUAACUUCCAGCAGUUAAACAUUGGUUACAUUAACCUUCCCUAAAUGUAAAGGGCUUGUUUGACUUGCCAAAGAGAGCAUUAGAAAAGAGCUAUUCCUACAUGAGGCCUACUUGAUUCAGUACAGGUCAUUCUGCAAAUAUUAAGUGUAAACAUAAGUAAAAAAUAUUUUUUGAAUCCAAAACCACUAUGCAAUAUGAACAAUGUAGUAAUACCAUUUUUAAAAGGUGAAGAUCACA